CUUGCAUUCUCCCACCGGAUCAUUGGCCCCGGAUGCACCGCCAGUCUUAAAAGCAGACUCCUCACACCCAGCUGACUAACCGACCGGCAGUAAGCGGCCUCUCAUCGGCCGGACUAUAUCAUCGGAGCUUCCCCGCGCGCCCGUCUUUCUCCUCACUCCUCUCUUCUCUCCUCACUCCCUUCUCUUCUGUGAUUCCCUCGGAUUUCGCUUCAUUCACCAUUACACCCAGAAGCACAUCCAUCAUGCAGUCCUCAUUCCUCCUGCGUGCCCGGGGCCUGUCCCUAAAGUGCCCCUCUCCCAGUCUCGUUCGCCCCAGCGUCCGUGCCAUGGGUUCCUACGCGACCUUCAAGGUGCCUCGCAUUGACAACGAGCCCAACAAACACUACGCCCCCGGAUCUCCCGACCGCAAGGCCCUCGAGGAGGCCCUCCUCAAGACCAAGCAGAGUGCUCCCCUUAGCGUGCCCUUGGUGAUUGCCGGACAGGAGAUCAAGAGCGCCCAGUCCGAAACCCAGAGCAACCCCUCCUCCCACGCCCCCGUGGCCACCUACGCCAACGCCUCCAUCGCCGACGUCAAGACCGCCAUCGACUCUGCCCUCGCUGCGCGCAAGUCGUGGGCCGCCACCUCCUUCGCCGACCGUGCCAGCAUCUUCCUCAAGGCGGCCGACCUGAUCGCGACCAAGUACCGCUACGACAUCAUGGCGCUGACCAUGCACGGCCAGGGCAAGAAUGCCUGGCAGGCUGAGAUCGACUCCGCUGCGGAGCUGUGCGAUUUCUUCCGCUUCGGAGUCAAGUACGCCGAGGAGUUGUAUGCUCAGCAGCCCGCUCACCAUGCUCCGGGCGUGUGGAACCGCGUGGAAUACCGCCCCCUGGAGGGAUUCGUCUACGCCAUCAGCCCCUUCAACUUCACCGCCAUUGGCGGUAACUUGGCUGGCGCCCCGGCCCUGAUGGGUAACGUCGUUGUCUGGAAGCCGUCUCCGUCCGCCAUUGCCUCCAACUGGCUCGUCCACCAGAUCCUGCUUGAGGCCGGUCUGCCCAAGAACGUCAUCCAGUUCGUCCCCGGCGAUGCGGCGGAGGUGACCAACACGGUCCUCGACCACCCCGACUUCGCGGCCCUCCACUUCACCGGCAGCACGGCCGUGUUCCGCAGCCUGUACGGCCAGAUUGCCAACGGCGUGGCCGAGGGCAAGUACCGCAGCUACCCCCGCAUCGUCGGCGAGACGGGCGGUAAGAACUUCCACCUGGUGCACAAGUCGGCGGAUGUCCGCAACGCAGCUGUGCAGACCGUGCGCGGUGCAUUUGAGUUCCAGGGCCAGAAGUGCAGUGCCACUUCCCGCGCCUACGUCGCGGCGUCCAUUGCCGACGAGUUCCUCGCGCAGGUCGCGGCCGAGACUAAGAGUCUCAAGGUCGGCGAGCCCACCGACUUCACCAACUUCUGCGGCCCUGUCAUCCACGAGGCCUCCUUCAACAAGCUGUCCAAGGUCAUUGAUGAGGCCAAGAACGACCCCGAGCUGGAGCUGGUGGCCGGUGGAACCUACGACUCCUCCAAGGGCUGGUACAUCCAGCCGACCGUCUAUCGCACCUCCAACCCGGACCACCCUCUACUCUCGCGCGAGCUGUUCGGCCCGGUCCUGGUCGUCCACACCUACCCCGACGCCACGGAGGCCGACUUCGCCAAGAUGUGUGAGAAGAUCGACCAGACCGGCGAGUACGCUCUGACCGGAUCUAUCUUCGCGCAGGACCGCGAGGUCCUCCAGACGGCGGAUGACCUGCUCCGCAACACCGCCGGCAACUUCUACAUCAACUGCAAGAGCACCGGUGCCGUGGUGGGCCAGCAGCCCUUUGGUGGUGCGCGCGCCAGCGGCACCAACGACAAGGCCGGCAGCGGCAACCUGCUGUCGCGGUUCGUGAGCCUGCGGUCGAUCAAGGAGGAGUUCAUCCCCACCUACAAGGUGGAGUACCCGAGCAACGCUUAGCUCUUUAUGAGUUGGCAUCACUAUUCCCCAUUUGCAUGGCAUAUUUAGUUCUUGUUGCAUUUUCGGCGUUUGAUGGAAAAAUCCUACUUUUUUUUUUGUUGUUAUUAUCCUAUGUUCUUCCACCUCUGUAGGAGCUGGCUUUGAAACACAUUUCCUGAACGGACAAGUCGAUCGACUAUACCAGUAACUCUUUAGUUGAUGCUGGUGCGGUGCGGUGCUGCUAUUUAGCACCAGCGCCUGAAAAGGGUCGAGAUGAAGCGAAAGACGUAUAUAAUGCUUGCAACAAUCAUCUAGCUGUUUCCCUACCUACCUACAUCACGGGUUGAAAAUAUUGAUAGUUCUGUCUGGCAGACCUG